AAGCAGGUUACGUGCUUUGCUUCAUGUUUUCAGAGGAAUUACAUGUAAGUUUUUGCCAAACUUUGUUCCACCGCUCGCCAAUCUGACGAUUUUUGAUGUCAAAAAUCUCAAUAUAUAGAGGCUACAUUGAAGUCAAAUUAGCUCAAAUUUUCUAGCACAGUUGGUAUGUAGAUUUAUAGACCAGGCGAUUUGGAGUCGUUCCCAAAAAAGCAUGACAUUGGCAACGAUCCAAGAAUUGCAGAGCAGCCCAUGCGUUGGAGGAGACGAUUGGGUGGAUAGAAUCAAGUCAACAUUCGGAAGUAUCUUGCCACAAUGUGUGCCGCAAAAAUGAAUUUCGAAGGUUUUAAAGACCUCAUGCAUCGAGUGGCCCGAUCUUGGUUACAAUUGGCCAAGAGGAAAGUGACCGAUAUCGAUAAAAUCCUCGACUACUUGGCGGAUGAUCCCUUCUCUGCCAAACAAACUGCGAAUAAUGAGGAAGCAUACGAGGAGCUUAUGGACGUUCGCAUGCAGCUAUUGGAUCUCAGCUUCGAAAUUGAUACCCACCAUAAUGCGUAUAUGGAGUUUAUGGAACAAGUAUUGGAAGCUCCCGAUUUGUUGAAACAACUUACCGAUGGAAUUCCCAAGGAAGAAAAGCACUUGAUCCACUUGGAACUAAUGAUCAUGGAGCAAGUGCAAGAUUGGGAAUUUGGCACAGGGAAAGUGGACCAAGAAUCAGAAUGGACCAAGGAGAAACGGAUGGUUGUAACCCUACCGAAUGGUGGAACGAAAACAUUGACCAUGACCCAAGUUCCACACAAACGGUAUUGGUUCGGUGUUUGCGCUGUAACCUCCAAGAUUGGGAAUGUCAAGGUGUGUGGAGGCUGCAAAGUGGUUGGCUACAUUGGCAAGGAUGAGCAAAGCCAAGAUUGGCCCAAUCACAAGAACCUGUGCAAGAUCUUAAAGAAAGCUCGUGGUGAUGCCGAAUUGUGGACGGAAAAGCUGACUUCCGAUCAAAUGCAAGAGCUCCUUCGUCUAGAGCUGAAUCGCGAAUUGAAUCAAUUUGAAGUCGACAUCACGACAUUUCCAAGGGUAUGUAUGAUCACGGGUUCCGGGGCCCAACAGGCGGAAAUGCGGAACUGCAAAAACUGUUUUUGCGUGGCCUUCUCCCCCGAGCGUUACGAGGAAGGCAUGACUCUUCACGGGGCCGAAGAUUGUAAGGCCUUGAAGACGGCAGCUGAAGAUUACAAGAACGAAAUCACAUUAGGGCACCAAGUGCAGCACUUUGUUCCACAACUCUUGAUGAAGCACAAAGCUUUACCACCCACCAUCGAGGAGUUCUUUCAACCGGAGGUGGCAUCGCUCGUGUCGAACAAGUUACCGGGAUAUCAAGACUCAGAGCUCCGAUACUUGACCUUUCUUUACACUUGUCAACUGACAGUUCUGUAUGCAGCUGAACAGAUAGGACAACUGAGAACCGGACCGUUGGACGCUUUGGAGUCGCUCACCAUCCAUAUCGUUGGAACUCGAAUCGCCGAGCUACGACACUUGAACGGUUGGGAGAUCAUUGCGUGUCGUUUGCCCAAGUUGAGACAACUCAACCUGGUCUUCAUUGGCGAUGAAACGGUGGCAUCGGAGUUUCCUCCUCGGUUUACGUACAAGGGCAAGGAACUUCAAGCCCAACGCAAGAAUCUGACAAUUGACUAUUACCUAGAACCACCCUGUUUGUACCAGGCCUACCUUAAGAGGGAUUCUUUUAUUGACCCUGACAUGAUCGUGGCUUUGGAUUGUGGAUUCAAGUUCUACCCAACAUGGAGGCCAGCUUUGGUGGAAAUGCUGAGGAUUCCAAAAUGCCCAUUAGUGUUCACGGAGUUCACACUUGAGGAUCAAAAAGAUAAUCUGAAUUUGAUCCAAUCAAUGGCCGACGCCGAGGUUUGCAUUGCUCCCAAGAAGAAUCCUUUUUGCAGUCGGAGACCCGUGCGAUGUAGUGACAAGUCAGGCAAUUACAAGCCUCACUCAGUCAUUUACACCAACGACUUUAUUUGUGCUGUCAAGGGCAAACAAUACUGAAUUUUGGUCCAAUUUUGCUGAUUGCCAUCAAAAUGAAAUGUUUGUCAGUUUUCACUUUUCCAUUAAAUAACAAAGAGACAUAAACAAGAAUUGUCAUAUUCUUUUGUCUUUUUGUGACCAUCAAAAA